AGCCCUUCUUUUAGGUUCGAGGUUCAAGGCGCGAGAUCAGGGGCGAGAUCCAAAAUCCAAGGCGAGAUCCCAAAUCCCAAACUCACAAUUCUGGCUGCUCAAGCAACAGAAGCCACUGCCAUCACUACUACCCCACACCCGGUCGUACAGCGCCAUACCAAAGUAGAAUCCACAUACCAGAAGAAUCCACCAUGAAUACCGAUGUGGAAGAUCCAAGCUUGGCCAAGGCUGCGGCGAAGCAACUUAUGAAGAGACUGGAGUGUCAUGAAGAAACGGGUGCUUCUGAUAUGGCAAAACUCAUGGAAGAGCAUGAGCAUGAAGCGGUUGAUUACGACACUGGUAUUGACUACAGCAUUCAUGGCAGCCCAAAGGUCAAGAAAGGAAAGCACUGCACCUUGUCAGAAAUGACUCAGUUGAGUCCCCGUCAUCGUCUUGUUGCUGAGGAAGAUUCUCUUAAAUGGUCGAUGAUGGCAGUCCGCAUUGCAGUUUUGGCCACUGCCUGCAGUCAGACCAUACUCCAGCCAAAUUUCCCCUUCUUGGCAAUUCCGGGACGUACCCCUUACUCUUUCCCCAGCACCGAUCCUUUCGACUUCUCAGCUGCGCUGUAUUUUUUGCCCAUGACAACUCUCCUUGGGACAGCCAUCACCAGUGCAUUCAUUGGCAGUGUGUCAGACCGUGUUGGUCGACGCCCCUGCAUUCUGUUGUGCAUGACUGGAAUGAUUGCUGGUCUAGUGGGACAGUGGUUCGCUCGCCAUACCUUUUGGGGAUUCUGUGCAGCCAGCUUUGCCUGUGGGCUUUUUUGCAGCGCAAUGCCAGUCGCAAUGGCAUAUGCGAGUGAUGUACAUCCCAACCGCGCCAAGAAAGAUGAAGAGAUCGGGGCCAUUGUUGGCUUCAACAUGAUUGGCAUGAGUGGAGGAGGAGUGGUUGCAAUUUUGAUGGAAAACGAAAACUUGUUUUCCCCUCUCCUUGUAGGGGCUGGGGUGAGCUUUGCUGCCCUUAUUUUUUGCUUCAUGUUCCUGAUUGAACCGGACAAGUGCCUCAUCCCUAAAGACGAGGAAAGUGACGAGGACGAGGGCGACGCUCCAGAAAGCAUUAAUUGGUGUUUGUUUGGCAAUGUGAUUGCAGGCGCCCUUUUGGACAACAUUGGCAGCUCGGGCUUGUUCCCAAUGGCAUUGGCACCCCUUGCAUUCAAAACGUUCUAUUCGGACUUUAUUAUGGCACAACAAGAUCCAAUCAUGACGGAUGUUGCAUACAAGUGGCUCUCUGUUUGUGUCGCUUUGAUGGUCAUUCCAGGGGCAGCCCUUACCCAGCCAGUCUUUGCACGGAUUGGUGCUGCUGGCGGAUGCGUUGUGGGCAAUGCAAUCACUGGAGUCGGUAUUGUGAUUUGUUUGUACAUUACGAGGAUUGAUCCUCCAACCACAACCACCUUUGCAAUUUUCAUUGUGGCUUUGUAUCUGAUCUUCCCCUUGACUGUUAUCAGUCAGUUAUCAACGGGGCCUAUGUUGGACAUGUUGGCACCUCAAGAUCGACGUGGAUUUGCACAAGGCAUCAACAUGACUGUUAUGAGUUUUGCAUUUGCUGUUAGUCCUUGGAUCUUGGGAGUUAUGGCAGAUGAAAUCGGGAUAUUCGAAACCAUGUGGACAUGUGUGGGUGUGAGCUUCCUGGCUGCUCUCGUCAACUCGCCACUCAUGUUUGCUCCUGCUCUCAAGAGGAAGCCACCAGUGAACUAUCAGGCAGCAGUUGACCUGGAAGACCAGGAGUUGGUAGAUAGGGCCCUACGUGGUGAUUGGGUACCGGCCAAGUUUAUCGAUGAUCUCAACUAUUCUCGAUUCCAGAAGGGUCUGCCCUUCUUGCGGUUGCCAAUCAAAGAAUACCAAGAUGACAAGGAGAAUGUAAAAGCACUCAAAAAGAAUGCCAAGUCCGACUUUGAAUACCACCGAUUUGUGAUGCAUGAUAUAUUGAAUGACUUGGAACAGCCAGAUGGUAAGCGGAAGAAUAUUGAAAUUCUCAACAAAACGAUUCCACCCCAAGCAGACAUUGACGCUGAUGCAGAAGCCAUGGGAAGGUGGUUCACAGAGUACCUUAAAGAUGGUGGCUAUUUCCUGGAUGGAGGCUGGCCCCCUGUCUACAAACAGAUGAUCAUGCAAGCUUUCCCUCCAAUCAACACUGAUGGUGAACUCACUGAGGAGAACGUUGAGCCCACAGUCUUGCGUUAUUUGGCCAACAUGAACCGGUUUCUUCGUGAGGAUACCCAGAGCCGAGCCAACAAAGGUUUCAGAAACAGUGUCAUUGUCUGAGUUCUGGCUUCUAAACAUGUCGGUAAUGGGAAUGCCGUUCGUCAAUCUGCACUUAAUGUUUUAUGGUGCUGCUGGACAAGGAUCUAGCUAUUGAGGAGACUACCCGAGAACUUCUCCUAAAAGCCGGUUUCUCUCUUCACACCCUUUCUGUUUCUACAUGUACCUGGUCCCUUCAUUACGCAUAUACCACCACUGAUUUGUCAAUAUUUGUUAUACUCUUGCUUAAAUUACGUUAGCGUUCAGCGUGGGGGCUAGUAAAGGCAAGUAAAAUCGCCGAAAGGCUAGUUAUUUUUAUGGCUAGCUAGCUAGCCAGAAGAUUAGACUAGUCUACAAGUAGCACUUGUUUCGACUCCUGGGCGAUUGAAGUUGGGUGCUUAGGGUGGAGAUUGGUAUCUACCUCCAUAGUGUGAACUUGCCAAAACAUCAAACCAAACUCCAUGACUGCAAAGUGUUGUGAUGAUUCCAUAUGAGGCAUUUUUCCAUGAUCUCUGCAGCUUCUAC